UUGAAAUGUUUGCACUGUAAGUUUUGCCAUCGUGUUUCAGGCUCGUAGUAGUGGCACCAUGAUUCGUGCCCGGUGACAAUAGCAGACAAAAAGUCGUCCCGCUCAUCGUGAUACCGGAUUAGAUGAGUCAAGGCAGCGCCGAACCUCUCCGUCUUCUGGCGGUGGUUCAAAAUCUCUACCAUCCAUUGCGCACACUAGAGCCGAUAACCGAGAUAUUCAUGUGGGGUGUAUAUCUGCCGCAGAACAAUAAUCAUCAUCUGCUUUGCUUGCGUUUCCUUUCUUGAAAACGCCGCGCCCGCUACUUUUCCAUCGGGAAUGCUAUGUCAUGGUAAUAGAGAGGUUUAGCUUGUCCGGAAAGCCGCCCCGUUAGCGUUGGGGCGUUUUACCGGGUGCGAACUGCGCAUGCGCAUGACUUUACCGGAUACCGUAUUGCGUUACCGGAUUGCCGGAUCCCGGUACUAUCCGCUCCGAUGCAGGUGGCCAGAUUACCGCGUCUACACCGACGACCAAAUAAGCCGAGUCAAGACAAGCCAAAAAAAAAAAAAAAAAAACAAAGAACUACAAAAUGGCUGUUCCUCCCGUGGUUCGUUCGCGCAGGCGUUUCAUGCCGAGCGACGACAUCAUUAUAUUAGAAGAAGUCCUCGCUACAAAUCCGUUCGACGAUCCCGCAAUGUGGGGGAAAAUAACCGAGAAGCUGUGUGACCUCACACAAGUGGCUCGCAAUGUUCGAAGCGUGAGGGAACGGCUCGACCUCCUCCUGGCGCAGUUCUUGCGGGAUGACAUAAAAAACAGGAAAAAAUCAGGGACGGAGGAAGAUUAUGAGGUGGUGCACAGGCUGCUACAGCAGGUAGCAGACCUGGCACGUGAGUGCAGCUACCGCCCGCCUAGGUCAGCGGUGCGGAGCCACCGCGGCACUAAGGCCAGGCCUGCCUGCGCUGCUGCGAGCGCCGCACGGGCAAAGCAGCGCCAGCCCAGCACCCGCAAGACAGCUGCCUUGGAGAGCUUCACUGCCUCUUCUACCGAUUGUGGGGAGAACAGCGACGUGCACGUGUUCGAACCGGAGCCGGAAGAGGAGCCCGACGACCCAGGCAGGUGGGCCUCAAGUGGAUGGCCUGCGUCGCCUGAGCCAUGUUGUCGGCAGCCGGCAAGUCCCAGUGAUCUAACACGUGAAAACCUCACACAGAGGUCACCAGUGGGCACAGGUGGUAAUGACGCCCGUUUGCCAUUGCAAGGUAACUAUCUUAUUCGUUUCACUCCCUCUUGCACCAUAAAUAAGGUAUAUACAGUAUAUAUAUAAUGUAUAUACAACUGCUUGUACGUAUAUACAAACAGUUGUGUAUACAGACUCCCUAAGUGUCGUGAAAGCCUUGUUGUCAAUCUGUAAGCAUAAAAAUCCCGUACUUAUUCAGCUCUAUUCCGAGCUGUGUAAAGCUUAUCUUGCUAACCAUCAUAUCAUUAUAUGCUGUGUACCCAGCCAUAGGGGAAUCAAGGGUAACGUUCUGGCGGACCAGAUGGCCACAUCAAUUGCAUCACAUGCUGUUAAUCCUACCGCUGCUGUCCCUGUCACAGAUUCGAAGCCUUUCUUACGAAGGAAACUGCGAAACCACUGGCAAUGCAUGUGGAACAUAGAAACAAAUAAUAAACUGCAGGUGAUAAAGCCACAAUUAGGUUCUUGGCCCUCUGCAACAAAAACACGGCGAACAGAUUUCCUAUUCUGUCAUCUCAGAAUAGGACACACAUUUGGGACCCAUAAUGUUAUACUUUCUAGAAAUGAACCUUCAACCUGUGGUAGAUGCUGGGAGAGAGUGACCGUCCUCCACAUCUUACUUGAGUGUCGGGAAGCCAAAGCUGAGAGAAAGAAACAUUUUCCUCUGGCAUAGCGCUAUUGUAUCC